UAAUUAAAGCUUGUUGACUUUAUCUAAAAUAUUGCAUGUUUUUUGUAUACAUUUUCUUAUCUUUUUACAGGAACUGUAUCUCAUGGGACAAUGGACUAGCCUGGCUAAAUAAUGGAGGAAUAUUGGACAAUAACCCCUAUAAUGCCGGAGGACAAUGCAUUUAAGACAUUUUAGCAUGGAUUGUACAUUUUUUAAAAAGUCUAAAUUAUUUAUCAAACAGUUAGCAGACCAUGUGCCAUGAUAUUGUAACAGCAUAUUGAAUCAUUUCAGUCACAAUUGUUCAUAAAGUAAUAAAAGUAAAUCAAUAACUGGCAAGGAAACAUUACAGAGUGUAGUGGUAACUACAGAAGAACUCACUUUGUGAAAGCAACAUAUUUGACAUCAUCCUACUCAAAUUAUGCGGUUGCUAAAACGAAGUUGGCUGUGCCUGUUACUGAAGCUCGCUAUUGCAGUGGGAUCACUGAGUUUGGUGUUUCUUGUCAGUCAGCUGAACACAGACUGGGCACCUGGCUUUACCCAUAAGUACAGCUGGUUAGAAUAUACAGCUGAUGUUGGUGGCCCAGAGAAAGGGUGCAACUGUUCAGCAAUCCUGCAGGGAGACUGGAAGGCGUUGGAGCGCGCCAAAAUACUGACUAUCACUAAAGACGUCCGCAAGAGUAUACAGAUCCCUGAUGACUAUUACAUUAAUGCAACGACAGACUGCAGGAGUUUCAAGUUAAGGCGCAAGUACAUCAUGUUCCCGUUAAGCAAGGAGGAGGAAGACUUUCCAUUGGCUUUUUCAAUAAUUGUGCAUCACAAGGUGCAGAACUUUGAACGACUACUGCGGGCGAUUUAUGUCCCUCAAAAUAUUUAUUGUGUUCAUGUGGACAAAAAAUCAAAAGCUUCAGUCUCCUCUGCCAUCAGUGCUAUUGCGUCCUUUUUCCCCAAUGUCUUCCUAGUCAGCCAGGCUGACAAUGUGGUCUAUGCUGGCUGGCCGCGUGUCCAAGCUGACCUUAAUUGCAUGGCUGAUCUCUAUAAUGCCAGCACAAAGUGGAAAUACUUUAUCAACCUUUGUGGUCAGGACUUCCCUCUGAAAACCAACUUGGAGAUGGUAAGGAUGCUGCGCACCCUGAGGGGCGGGAACAGCUUGGAGUCUGAAAGCUUCCCUCCAGAAAAGAAGUGGAGAGUGUCAUAUGUUCAUCAGAUCAUUAAUGGAGAAAUCCAGACGACAAAAGAAACAAAGGAUCCACCUCCUUUCAAUCUGCCCAUCAUGUCAGGAAGUGUCUACAUUGUGGUUAGCCGCAGUGUCCGCAGUGUGUUGAAAGACCAUCGAAUACGUGCACUGAUAGAGUGGUCCAAAGACAUUUACAGUCCUGAUGAGCAUCUCUGGGCAACCAUUCAACGAGUCCCUGGUGUUCCUGGCUCUAAGUGGCCCAAUCGUAAAUAUGACAUGUCGGAUUUAAAUACAAUUGCUCGGCUGGUUAAGUGGGAGGCGCAUGAAGGGUCACAGAAUGCAAUAGGGGCUGUGUACCCAGAGUGCAAAGGAACCCAUGUCAGGCAAAUAUGUGUAUAUGGUGCUGGAGACCUGCAGUGGCUGCUUGAACAGAACCACCUUUUUGCCAAUAAGUUUGAUGUGGAUACUGACCCCAUUGCCAUCUUUUGCUUGGAGAAAUAUCUCAGACAAAAAGCUUUGGCUGAUUGGGAGUAGGUGGAGAUUUGUUCUGGCCUAAAGAAGUUAUUUUAAUUUGUUCCUGCAGAUGAUUAAUAUAUUUAAAA